UUUCAGGUGUGGGAGCUCAGCGACAUUGACAGAGAUGGGAUGUUGGACCGGGAUGAAUUUGCAGUGGCCAUGUACCUGGUGUAUCGAGCGCUGGAGAAGGAACCUGUGCCAAUGUCCCUUCCUGCCCCCUUGGUGCCGCCGUCCAAAAGAAAGAAACCAGCUGUGCCUCCUGUGGUGCCCCUGCUGCCCUCGCCUCCCUCCGUCAAAGACAGUCGCCACUCCAUGACAGGGCCCAAGACUCUGCCCCCUAAGGCCCCCACUGUACAGUGGGUUGUGUCACCAGCAGAUAAAGCCAAGUAUGAUGACACAUUUAUGAAGACUGACAAGGACAAGGAUGGGCUGGUUUCUGGCCCUGAGGUGCGCGAUAUCUUUCUGAAGACUGGUCUGCCCUCUGCCACCCUUGCAAAAAUUUGGGAGCUGUGUGACACCAGUGAUGCGGGGAAGCUGAACAAAGAGCAGUUCGCUCUGGCGUUGUACCUGAUCAACCAGAAACUUGCCAAGGGGAUCGACCCUCCCCAGGCCUUGACUCCUGAAAUGCUUCCUCCAUCGGACAGACUUUUGCAGCAGGGCACAUUGAGUAGCCUGGCAGCUGACUUCUCUGCCAUCAAAGAGCUGGACUCUUUGAGCAAUGAGAUCAUCGACCUCCAGAGGGAGAAAACCACUGUGGAACAGGAGAUCAAGGAGAAGGAGGAGAGCAUCAAACAGAAGACCAGUGAAGUACAGGACUUGCAGGAUGAAGUGCAGCGGGAAAGUGGGGAGCUACAGAAGUUGCAGGCCCAGCGGCAGGAGAUCCAGGAGGUGCUGGGUAAGCUGGACCAGCAGAAAGAAGCUCUGGAAGAGCAGCUGGGGAAGAUCCGCCAGCAGUGCACGCAGGAGAGCGAGCUGAUCUCCAAACUGCAAACGGAGCGUGUGGAUCAGGAGAGGAAGAUCUCUCGAUACGAGGAGGAGCUGGCCCAGGCGCACGAGCAGCUGCGACAGCUGCAGCUGGAGACGGCGCAGCUGGAGGAGAAAGUGGAGGCCAGCAAGGCCCAGCUCAGCCCCCUGGAGGAGUCGCUCCACAGCUCGCAGCAGGAAGUCUCCAAGGUUCAGCAGAAACUGUUGGAGCUAAAGGAGAUGGAGAGGGACUCCAGGAGCCAGACGAGCUGGAGACAGCACCUGGUGGGGCCACUGGUAAAUGGCACGUCGGAGGAGGAGGUGCCGAAGACCCCUGAGGAGGACCCCGCAGUCCUUGAGGACAUCUACAGCAGCAUCCCCAGUACCUUGAAGCAGGACACUCCGGAAAGGAGCAGCCCUUUCUCGUUGGCUGAAAACACAACAGAAGAAAAAGAGGAACUCCCAGAGGACAGUCCUCCCAAGCCACAGGAGGAAUCUCCUGAAGUACAGAAAAGGCCAGAGCCCUCACAGUCCAACCCCUCCACCGAGAGCGGACUGGACUUCUUCCAGUCGGAUCCCUUCACGGACAAUGACCCAUUCAAAGAUGAUCCAUUUACAAAGGUGGACGUUUCAGACCCAUUCGGUGAAGACCCAUUCAAAGGCACGGACCCCUUCGCUGCAGACUCCUUCUUCAAGCAGCCGUCGGCUGACCCCUUUGCCACGGCCGACCCGUUCAGUGGGGCCCCAGGCAACCCCCCCGAGGCCGAUCCCUUCAGCUCCAAGAUGAGCAGCACCGCAGAAGCCGACCCCUUCACGAGCUCCACCGGCGGUCCAGAGCUGGCCAAGAUGGAGACAACCCUGGUCAAUGACCCCUUUGCUCCAGGAGGGACUGCAGUAACCACAGGUUCUGACCCAGACCCCUUUGCCUCUGUGUUUGGCAGUGACACUUUUGGAGGUGGAUUUGCUGAUUUUAGCAACCUGUCAAAGUCCAAUGGCUCAGAUCCUUUCAGCUCUGAUGUCUUGAGCAGUAAGAACCUAUUUCAGGAGGACAGAAUGACGAGUCCAGAUGUGCCGCCUGCCCUGCCCCCCAAGACGGGGACCCCCACCAGGCCCCCGCCGCCUCCGCCAGGGAAGCGGUCCUCCAUUUCCAGAUCUGAGUCCUCGGACUCCUUCCAUCGGAAAGGUUCCUUCCUGUCUCGGGGAUCCGGAGACAGCUCUCGGUCCCAGGAGGAGAAAUUGCAGGACCCUUUCUCCCCGUCCUCUCCCAGACAGACUCUGAAGGACCCUGACAGCUUCGCCAGCUUUGACAAAUAUCCCACGGAGGAGGACAUGAUUGAGUGGGUGAAGCGGGAAAGCGAGAGGGAGGAGAAGGAGCGCCUGGCCCGGCUGACCCAACAGGAGCAGGAGGACCUGGAGCUGGCCAUCGCACUCAGCAAGUCGGAGCUUUCCUGAGGGGGGGGGGACCCCCGAUCCCACCUGCUAACCAACCACCCCCCCCCCCCCCCGCCAUGGGCCCGGCCGGAAAAGAUUUUUAAAAGAAGAAGGCAAAGAUACUUGGCGCCACCUCAGCACGGAGAGAUUUCAGAUCCCCUGGGGUUUAUUGUGUCUGGAUUUACUUUCUUUUGGUUUGACGUGUACCAACCUCCUUGUCUGUGGGAGACGAGAGACAGGCUGGGGGGGAGGGUCAGUUAAUUUUUAGGCCAGUUUGGAGAUGGUAAGGUUCCCUGCAUUAUGGCCUGACACAGACAAUCCAUUUCCUCACAGAACCCUAGUGUGUGUAUAUAUCAUAUAUAUACCCACAUAUAUAAAAGCUAUUUUUGUGUUUCUGAGGGCGGGUGGACACCUCCAGAGGGAAUUCGCAUUUUGACGGCCCUCUCUCCCCCUUUGCAGUCUUGGAGCAGCGGGUGAAAAUUGUUUCGUCUUCUGAAACUUAGAGCCACAAACUUCAGAUUACACAAAACUACAGAGAUACAGUAUCUGCAUAAGCACCAUUAUAUCUCCUUUUGCCUGCCAGUGUCUGAUGUGCACCCACAAAUCUUCUGUAACUAUAACGGAAGCUAAUUUUUCCUCUGCAUUUGUAUUAAAUCUCAACUAAGCAGUUUUGAACCCUGUGCAUCAUUCAAUUGGCAGUUUUAGAAAAACCCAUUUACAGCUAUUUCCAGAUACAGCUUCCUUUCUUUUUGUUUAAACUCUCAAGCCUACGACUAGGAUUUUGUGCUGAAUCUGUUUUUUUCUUCUAACCUAUGGAGGGGGAUCAACCUUUUAGACCUCUUACUCUUGUCAACUUAAUAUUCAUGUCUACCUAUUGUAUCUAAUGUACUGUGGAUGAACUUGCUCAAUGAUUGGGUGCUAAAAUGAUGAUUGUUGGCCAAUAGCAGGGUGAGGAUGUGAGGCUCUGUGGCCAGUGAAUGAAUGCUGGAGAGUUUCAGCCAAUACAGUGGGACUCUGUAGAAGGGAUUAGCACCAAUAUCUUACAUGAGUAUAACUCCAGCCAUCGCUACGGUGUUCUGGGAUCUCAUGAGACUUUUUAGACUGGAAAAACUUGAUCAUUACAAUGGAGAAAAAUGCAUUCCUUUCCAGUGCAUGUGAAAGCCAGUUAACAUAAGGCUACUUUCUGGCUGCUGCUCAUGAAGCAUAUACCCUGAAGUGGCAAUAUGAAGUUUCCUCCAAUACCCAGAUGUAACCUCACACUGCCCUUAUUAAAACAUCUUUGUAUAUAAUCACGUGCUUCAUGAAUGUCUGGAUGUUUUUUAUUAUGUUUUUGAUAUUGGUUGCCAUCAAAAGACUUAUUGAUUAAAGGGAGCCUCAGGAUGAUGGUGUGAUAGUUUUUUAGGGCACAUCUAAAAAACCAAUAACUGUCACCUGGGAAGUCACCAUUUAAUAAACUGAGCUUCUAAUUUUACAUGGGAACCUUGUUCUCCUACAAGUAUAAGCACACUACAGUAGAGCUUCCCCUAACGUAUCUUGAGGCAGGCUUCAUCUUGCCUUUGUUUGUUAAAUUAAUGGGUUAGAAAGCCCUUGAUAAAAAAAAGAUAAAGAUUUCUGGGUGUGAGUGUGGUUGGUAUGAUGGCAAAGGGUGUGACUUCUGUUUCAUGCUUUAUGAAUUUGGUGCUUCGAUGCAUUUUGAUGGGAAAACAAUGUAUCCACUAUUCUGUGCAUAUGGAAAAAAAAAAUUAAUUCCACUUGAUUUUAAGUUUUGGUACAAAUCGUAGCAAGAUGCUCAUCUUUUGACAGUUGCUUUCUCUCUCUGCUGCUAGGGUUUACAGUGCCUGUCGUGUACAAGCUGAGUAAUGCGCCAGAAUGGUACACUGAUGGUGGAGCACAGAGAGCUCAUGCAUGAUCAAUAGGAGUCCCUUUUUCAGCCUGGCCACUUCUUUUAAUAUCUGUUGAAUUAUGUGUUCUGUACUUUGAGGAGAAGAAUGUGUGUAUGAAGGGAAAAUGCCCUUUUAUUUUUCAUUUACAUAAAGCACUUCAAAAUGCACAAUAUCGAUGGCUAUUUUUACAUGCAAAGAAAGGACUAAUGGAACAGAGUGGGGAAUUGACAAUACGAGUCCACGUAAAGAGCAGUCAGAGCCGUUUCAGGGUUCAUACAUGCUGCAAGCUUGUGUUUAUAAUGUAUAUUAUUUAACUUUAGAACUUCCAAGCACAGGGACUGGAUAAUUCAGGAUUCUCCGUUAUUGCCUAUUUCCAAAGGAGUUCGGGCUGCAGUCUGUCUCUUGUGGCAUGUGAUUCCAAGAGACCCGAAGGGCAACGCUUUGAGAUGCUUUUUUUUUAGCUGUGCUAGCUUUUACAAUAUUUAAUAGUCCAAUUUAAGUAAAUUAAAGACAAGCGGCAGUAGAAGUAGCCCCUUGCUUGUUUAGCCGCUUCUGCUCAGCUCAGAUGCAAGACGUUGUGACCCAAGUGAAAAGCUGCUGUAGGUCUGCUGUGAACUGUGUUUGGAGGGGGACGGAGGUAACUCGCUUUCUUCAUCUCUGCAGUCAUUUCUCCUGAGCCCUGCAAUGGCUUCUUUGGGUUUUUCACCAUUAGUUUCUUCUUGCCUUUCACUGCAAGCAAUGUUCUGCAUCCACUAAACAACAUUUUACUGUCUUGUUGUUGUUGUUCUACAUAAUGGAGAGGUUACUGGCUCUAGACACAGUUCGUGUGUCUCUACUUUGUAGGGUUGGCAAUUUAUCUACAGUAUGUGGCUCUCUGUAACUUCCCUCUUUAUAACCUGCUUUGGUAACCAUAGUAAUAACAGACCUAUCAGUGGAAUGCUCUGAAGUGUGGUUUUGAAAACAUGACAUCCCAAAAAAAUUUUAGAAGAUUUUGUAAAGACCUAAAUGGCUUUACUUUCAAUUAUUUUUUUUAUUUAAAUGUUACACUGAAUGUAAGGUUCAAAACUGGAAACAGAUUUAGGAAUCAAGGAUGUUUUAGAUUUUGGUAGGAUCGAAGGAUGGUGGUUAGUUGGGGGUUAUUUUUUCUGAAAUUGUCAGCUUUUUGUUCAUGCAUGCCUCACUCUUGGGUUUUGUUUUCUGUGCCAACAUUGUAUUCCAACAAAAUGGCGGCUCCUGAGAAGACUUCUUAAAGUUGACUUAGAGGGGAAAUGGAAAUUUCAUUGAUUUCUGCCACAGGACAGAAUUAACCUCCUGUUAUUGACAGCAGGUGUUGCUAAUUUAUUUAAGAAUUUUCUUUGCCAAUACUUUGUUGUUCUCAGUUUGUGUUUAUAGUGGUUUUCUGAAAUACUGUUUUCUGAACCUGCAUGCCAAACAACCUGAACAAUGCAGUGUACAGUACGGAGCAAGAAAAAAAUGCAGGAAAAUAAUCAAAUUCAAGGACUUGAAUACAGUGUUAUGAGAUGAAUGGUAGCAUCCAUUAUCAGCCUUUCAAUUUUCAGGAGUUUACCACAUUUUUGUGUUUAUCGGGGGGAAAAAAAUGUGAUGCCCUCAUCUUUACUUUUGAGAAGUGCAAUAAUACAUUGCUAAGCCUUAUUAAAUGUCUCAUUUCACAUCAACACUUAAUACAAUUUCUUCAAUUCAAAUGUAGACAUGAUUGGAAAGUUCUGAAGCAAUUUUUAUCUGAUUUCUUCCUCAUUGUAAAAUGCUGUCCCUACGAUUUCUAUAGAUUGAGUGUUUGCAGUCAAAAAAAAUGAGAAGGUUGUGAUUUUAAGACGUGGAGAAAGGGCUGGCGAAAGGAGUUGUAUUGCAGUAUAUUCAGCACUGGACUGCUCUGUAGAGGCUUCAGCUGUGAAGCUAAUAUAAGAGAAAAUCCAGCAGUAACUAUUCAAACCUGUACAUGAAAAGUAAUUUAUCACUACACUAAAAUCAAUCCUGAAUGAACCCUAAAGCCCAGCUUAAGUUCUCAAGCUCUUCUGUGGCGUCCUCCAAAUCAAUCCUCAUUGUAAAUACCACAGAACUGCUUUCUCCAUUUAAAGACAGUUCUUUCCUUCAGCUCAUCUUGUUAAAGUCUCUUGUUACUAUUGCUCAUGUGAAUUGUAUAGGCUCCUCACUCAUUUAAAACCACUGAUAUAUGUUAAAUAGGCUAUCAAUAGACUUUUUAAAACUGUCAUUUUGUUUUUCUUAAUGGAAAUAUCUUCAGCUGUUCAAAUAUGCCGAUUAUAACCUGUAAUUAAUUAAAAUAAAUAUAAAUCUUAAACAGAA